AUGCCUCUCCGACCCAAUGCGCGCGUGCUGCGCGACAUGUCGAAGCGACAGGCGGUGACCUCCCACGAGCUGCUUCGUCGCGCGUUCAAGUUCGUGGCUCGGAACACGACCCUGCCUUUCCGGGUCAGACAUCAGGCACAGCUUCAGCUCAACCAGUUCCCGCCAAAAAGCAGACCGACGAUGGUCAAGGAACGGUGUAUUGAGACGGGAAGGGGUCGGGGUAUCAUUACCGAAUUUGGUCUUUGCCGGUAUCAAUUUCGACAAAAGGCGCUUGCUGGGGAGAUUGCUGGCGUCCAUAAAGCGUCUUGGUAG